GCCUCUAGGGGGCCGACGAGACGAGCUCUGCUGCAGACCGACCAGCAGCAGCAGAUAGCAGCAGGUAGCUUCGAGCUAACGCUAGCUGUCAUAACACUUGUAACCCCAGCCUGGGGACUCCAUCAAGCAUUGGUUUGCUAGCUUGUCCAAAGCUGGCUUCACUGGCCAAACAUGCAGAAAUACGAGAAGCUUGAAAAAAUCGGAGAGGGUACCUAUGGGACAGUUUUCAAGGCUAAAAACAGAGAAACUCACGAAAUAGUGGCCUUGAAGAGGGUCAGGUUGGACGACGAUGAUGAGGGGGUGCCCAGUUCUGCUCUGAGGGAAAUCUGCCUUUUGAAGGAGCUGAAGCAUAAAAACAUUGUCAGACUACAUGAUGUGUUGCACAGUGACAAGAAGUUAACCUUGGUGUUUGAAUAUUGUGAUCAGGAUUUGAAGAAGUAUUUCGACAGCUGCAAUGGGGAUCUAGAUCCUGAAACUGUGAAGUCCUUCAUGUACCAGCUGCUGAAAGGCCUCGCUUUCUGUCACAGUCGGAACGUUCUUCAUCGAGAUCUGAAGCCGCAGAAUCUGCUCAUAAACAGAAACGGGGAGUUGAAGCUGGCUGACUUUGGGUUGGCUCGCGCCUUUGGCAUUCCUGUGAGGUGUUACUCAGCAGAGGUGGUGACUUUGUGGUACCGGCCUCCUGAUGUGCUGUUUGGUGCUAAGCUUUAUUCUACCUCUAUUGACAUGUGGUCUGCUGGAUGCAUAUUUGCAGAGCUGGCUAAUGCUGGAAGGCCUUUAUUCCCCGGAAACGAUGUGGACGACCAGUUGAAAAGAAUCUUCAGAUUGUUGGGUACACCAACUGAAGAACAGUGGCAGACAAUGACGAAGCUCCCCGAUUACAAGCCAUAUCCCAUGUAUCCUGCCACCACCUCGCUGGUGAAUGUGGUUCCAAAACUUAGUAGCACAGGACGGGAUCUACUCCAGAACCUGUUAAAAUGUAAUCCUGUCCAGAGGAUCUCUGCAGAAGAGGCCUUGCAGCACCCUUACUUUGCUGAUUUCUGCCCUCCCUAAAUGCUAAAUGGCCGCUCGUUGAACCUCAGCCGCCAGAAUCAAUCCUCCUUCACUCGGUCGGGUCAUUAGGACCGGUCCCAACAAAGCAAAUCCCUCACCGGUUUUCUCAAACACUCCCCCUGCAUUUCAUUCUGUUGUGCCUCUGUGUGGAACAAAGUCCUGGUGGCUCUGAACAGUUUUAGUUUCUUCUAAGUUGCAAGCCUGAUUGAUUUAGUAAAUAUACAACUCCCAGUUAAUUGGCACUAUGUGUUGCAUUAAAUACAUUUUAUACUGUGGAAACAGCUGUCAACAACACGCCCCGUUAAAUGCUCCUGUUAAUAGUUUAGAAAAUGUUAUAAUGAUAUAUAUUGGCCAUAAACACCAUUUUUGACGAGGAUCAUUUAAAUAUAGUUAUUAAAUAAUUGAUAGAUGUGUGGGCAGACUGUAUAAUAGUUACACUGUUUCUCAAUGAUCUAAAACAUAUCUUUGACAUUACUGUACCACAGUUUGUUGGUGCUGGUACUGGUACUGGUACUGGUGCUGGUACAUCUGUCGUGUGAUAAGUUAGUGUAAUAAGUUAGCUAAAGUCCACAGAUUUCUGGGGAAGCUAAUGCUACAAUGUCGCUACUUCAAAGCUAAAUUAAAUUAAUUAAUAAGUCAGUUUUAGAAUCACAAGUAGGGAUAUUAAUUUAACAUUUUUAAAGGCUUAAAUCAAUACUUCAUUUUUAGGAUACUAUGUCGUUUUUUGGUUUCACUUUGUUAUACAAGUCUGUGAUUUCAAAAUGACUUUGCUGGGAAUAUUCCUGGAUAGAACUACUGUGUGUGAUUUGGUACAAAUGUCUUUCUUUGACAGAAUUACUCCAUUUAAACUUAAGUAAAUAGUGCUAAAUGAUUCACCUAUUAUUGGAAACUAUUUUCCAUAUAUACAAAAUGUAUUGUUUCUGUACAAAAUUUUUAAAUGAGCAUGUUCAAUUGGUCUGCUUUGCACAGACUAAGAGACAGUAAUUGAUUGGUACCAAUUGAACAAUGUUUCUGCAGUAAUUUGUACCAAAUGACAUACUUAUUUCCAGGAGAUUAAUAGGCAAUUACAGACCUGUAAAAUACACUGUUAUCUUUUUUUUUUGUACUUAUACAGUCUGCAGUUUUUCCCACUUCCUUUUAUAAGAUUGUAUAAUAGCACGAGAAGCUAAUUUAUGAUUUUCUUUUUUUCUCAGGCUUUUUAAUUUUCCCUUUUUGUAUUUGUCUUUUGUGCACUUUGUAACUUUUAUUUUAGUAAGUUUAGAAUAUGAAUAUUAAAUGUGGUGAACACUGACAGCUGGAUUAUAGCCGGUUAUCAAUACACGGGCCAAUAUACAUUCAUAUAUAUGUUAAUGACUAGCGGGCCAUUAGUGACACAUUACUUCUUUUUUGUUUGUUUUUUAACAUCAUUUGUAUGAUAAUUACAGUCUUUUAGCUUUAUUGAAAUGCUUUUGUAAUUGUUAAAUUAGAGAUGAAAGAAUCCGGGUAUUCCACUGAUAAUCUGUAUUUUCAUAUGAUUGUUUUGCACCAUUAGCUGUUUCCAUUCUGGUUACUUAUUAUAUUAACAUUAAGAGCUUGCAGUGUUAUUUUACUCCAGAGCGCUACUCAUCCCAUAAUAGCCGACAUAAUGAGUUGUGUUUGAAGUAGCCGUGUUAAUAGGGAAAGGAUUUAUUUUCAUUUUGCUAAUGAUGUAACCAAGAUAAUGGAUGCAUGUAUUUAUUAAUGAUGGAAUGUCUGCCCAUUUGUUUUGCAUUCGUUUAAAGGUAGCACGGCCUCAUUUGGUACAGAAACUUUCCUUUUGAAUGAUUCAAUGUGACUCAGACCUAAAGCAUUAACAGGCUCUUUUUUUUUAGGAUUUAAGAUGUUUGAAGGUUGUGUGUAUGUGGAUUAAGUUAUAAUGAUAAAAAAAACAAGGCAUUUGCUCUCAGUAUUUCCUUAUCUCCUGAUGAAAGGACAUUUCAGACACACUGCUUAAAUUUGAAUGAAGAAUGGAUUUUGCACUCUGCUAGUAUCUUUGUUUUUGUGGGUCGAUCUUUGGACAGAUGUUGUCAGUGAUUCUUUUGUGUACAUUUCAACCAAUAAGAUUCAGUAUUCAGUAGAGUGGACAUAAAUACAUGUUUGCUUUUGA